UACGUGAAAGAUGUUUUGUAACGAGAUUGGCAGCUGGAUCUAAACGUAAAUAGCCCAAUGAGGGAUGUAUCUGAUUUUUUUUUUUAAAAAAAAGAACAAAUAACAAAGUUCAGCGAUCAUUACUCAUCAAAAUGGAAGAUCUUAACGCCUCUCUCCCGCAACGUCUUCUUUGCUAGGAAGAUUAUCAUUCUCCGUCGCUAUUUUUUUUUUCUUCUUUUGCUAAGAUAAGGUUUGAGAAUAUACUGACCGGAAUCGGCAACUUCUUGCGGCUCUCCAAUCGGAUGAUUUCCGAUCCCAACGACAACCCCAUCAUCCUCUACGCUUGCGUCGCCAAGGGCCCUACGGUGCUUGCAGAGAUCAGCUCCGCCGCUGCCGGCGAUCUCGCCGCCCAGUGCCUGGCGGCCGCCCCUCGCUUCCACCGCCUCUACUCCCAUACCGCCGGCGGCCGGAUCUACGCCUUUCUCAUGGAGGACCCCCUCAUCUUCUUUGCCAUCGCCGGCGAGUCCCUCGGCAAGCCUCAGGUCCUCCUGUUCCUCCGCCGCCUCCGCGACGCCUUCUUCGCCUCCUCCGCCAUUGCCAUUGGCGGCGCCCAUGAUCGCCCCUCCCCCCUCUGCCUCCAGAGGGAGCUCCUCCCGGAGCUCCGCCGCCUCGUGCUCCCGCUCUCCUUCCAAGCGGACAAGCCUCCGCCUCCGCAGCCGCCGCCGGCGGAUCCCCCUCCACCGGCGGCCGGCGGAUCGGAGAGCGAGCAAGAGACGCGGAAGGAAACAAGGAAGAAGAAGAAGAAGAGCAAUGCGACCACCGAGGAGGAUAGCAUCAGCCGCAUCGGUUCUUUUGAUUCCGAGGCUGAGAGCAGGAUAGAGAUAUCGGCGGCAGAUGCCGAUCCAAGAACGAAAACGGUCCAGGGGUUUUGGGGGCAGCACGUUCGGACAGUAGUCCUCAUCGAUCUGGCACUCUGUAGUCUACUGUUUGGAAUUUGGCUAUCGGUGUGCAGGGGCUUCCACUGCAUUGGCAGCUGAGAAAGGCUUUCAUCUCAAGCUUCCAUGCUCGAAAUUUCCACGGUGUACGAGGAGGGAGGUAACUGAUUAAACCGAAUCUCCUUAUUGCGGCACUGAAUUUUGGUGAUGUGAGCUUGAAUGGCAUUCAGCAAAUCCUUAAAUUUUCUCCCCCUUUGGAUUGCAUUACGUGGUUUGUGCAUGUAUACAUAUAUUUGUGAAUCUGCCAAGAUUUGUUUUACAAGGUUCUGCUUCUGCAAGUCAUGGUGGUGAUUUGCUAAUUAAUUGAUGCAAUCUGAGAAUGUGAUUGGUGUGAUCGGUUAGAGUUUUUUAUGUAAAUUAUAGAUUCUUGAAGAGUGUGUAUUGCUAGUUUCUCAUCUGCCUGGGUUUUGAUGAAUUUAUCCAUGUUAGGCUUUUGGUUAUUGUAGCAUACAUGUGGGCAUACAACAUGCAAUCAACCAAAAGAACGAAGGGGGAAUGCUUGUGCUAAAAACAUUGGGUUGUUUUA